AUGUUGCUGUCUCGCCGUGCCUGCUACAAGUGUGGCAACAUUGGCCACUAUGCCGAGGUCUGUUCGUCUUCUGAGCGUCUCUGCUACAACUGCAAGCAGCCUGGACACGAGUCCAGCAGCUGCCCGCGUCCUCGUACUACCGAGACCAAGCAGUGCUACAACUGCCAGGGAUUAGGCCACGUUCAGGCUGAUUGUCCCACAUUGCGACUUAACGGUGGGGCCAACGGCCGUUGCUACAACUGCAACCAGCCCGGCCAUCUUGCUCGCAAUUGCCCCGCUCCUGCUACUGGAGCUGGUCGUGGUGUCGGUGCGCCUCGCGGGGGAUUCAACAGUGGCUUCCGCGGUGGAUACGGUGGUUACCCUCGUGCUGCCACCUGCUACAAGUGCGGUGGCCCCAACCACUUUGCUCGUGACUGCCAGGCUCACGCCAUGAAGUGCUAUGCUUGCGGCAAGCUUGGCCACAUCUCCCGUGACUGCACCGCUCCCAAUGGUGGUCCUUUGAGCUCCGCUGGCAAGGUCUGCUACAAGUGCUCUCAGGCUGGCCAUAUCUCUCGGGACUGCCCCACCAAUGAGGCCGCCCCCCAGCAGCCCACUGAGUCCGCUGCUGCCCCCGUUGCUGCUCCUGCCCCUGCCGCUACCACUGCCGCUGCUGAGGCUGGCACCGAGGCUGCUCCUGUUGCUGCUUCAGCUGCCACCGCUGCUGUUGCUUAA